UCUGAACCAAACCAAGCCAGGGGGGUAAGAGAGUACAGUUUCGGACGUCAUAACGCGCUCCCCGGGGGAGGAGGGUUAGGAACCGGCCACACAACUAAUAACAGAUUAUCCGCUGUCCGUCGAUGCAGUGUGUUUCGUCUAUGUGUGCACGUAUGAGCGUGUGUUUCAGUUGCAUGCAAGAACAAAAGCGCAGCAAAGAAAAGCAGCCACAUCCUCCUGUCGGCAUAAGGAAGAGCUCCGUUGAAUAGCGAUGAAGCACUUAUGCGGCAAUCUGACAUUUUGGGACUCCAAUCUCACGAAGCACACAAACCUGCCGGAUCUCCCAGCAUGCUUUCAGCUGUCCGUCCUGCCAUGGACUCCCUGCAUCUACCUGUGGCUCGCGUCUCCUUUCUACAUCCUCUACCUCAAGAGGAACAACAGAGGCUACAUCAUGAUGUCUAUAUUGAACAGAAUCAAAACGGUUCUCGGCUUGAUAUUGUGGAUCGUAUGCUGGACAGACCUGUUUUCUUCAUUUCACGAGAUGAGCCAGAAUCAGUCUAAACCCCCAAUAUAUUUCAUAACUCCUCUAAUAGUUGGCAUGACAAUGCUGUUAGCCACGUUCCUGAUCCAGUAUGAGAGGCUGAAGGGAGUGCAGUCGUCCGGUGUGCUCUUCAUAUUUUGGACGAUCUCAGUGUUGUGUGCCAUCGUGCCUUUCCGCUCCAAAAUCGUGUAUCAGAAUGGGGUCGAAGACAAGCUGAGGUUCACCACGUUCUACAUUUACUUCGGCCUCACCCUGAUUCAACUCAUCCUAUCAUGCUUCAAUGAAAAGCCUCCUCUCUUCUCCAGCGUGGUCACAGAUCCUAAUGCUUGUCCAGAAAUUACUGCUGGCUUCCUCUCCAAAAUGACCUUUUGGUGGUUUACUAGCAUGGCGAUCAAAGGCUAUAAAUCCCCACUGGAGAAUAAAGAUCUCUGGUCGCUGAACAAGCAAGACAGUUCAGAGCUGGUGGUUCCCAAUCUGCUCAAUGAAUGGGAGGUGGAGAAAUCUAAAGCACAGAGUGAGCCGAGCGUGAAGGAGCAGGCCGCGUUUAGGAAGGCAGACCCGGGCGCUGAACCCAACCAUAUGAGCGUCAGUCCGGAGGAGGAGAAGGAGGAGGAGGAGGAGGAGGUCCUGCUGUCCAAACGGAGGGAGGUGCGGCAGCCUUCGUUCCUGCGGGCCCUUCUCAGGGCCUUCGGGCCCUACUUCCUCAUCGGCUCCGCUUUCAAACUGCUGCAGGAUCUCAUUACCUUCGUGAACCCUCAGCUGCUCAGGUUGUUGAUCGACUUCACCAAACAGCCCAAUGCCCCGCUGUGGUGGGGUUACUCGCUGGCGUUCCUGAUGUUCGGCACUUCCCUCUUACAGACCCUCAUCUUACAUCAGCACUUUCAGUACUGCUUUGUCACAGGCAUGAGGCUGCGCUCGGGAAUCAUCGGAGCCAUUUACAGGAAGGCUCUAGCGAUCACGAACGAGGCCAAGCGCUCGUCGACGGUGGGUGAGGUGGUGAACCUGAUGUCUGUGGAUGCCCAGCGCUUCAUGGAUCUCACCACUUUCCUGAACAUGCUGUGGUCAGCACCGCUGCAGAUCAUCCUGGCGCUCUUCUUCCUCUGGCAGAAUCUGGGUCCGUCGGUUCUGGCCGGUGUGGCGCUGAUGGUUCUGCUGAUCCCAUUCAACGCUUUCAUCGCCAUGAAGACCAGAACUUACCAGGUGGAGCAGAUGAAGCAUAAGGACGACCGCAUCAAGCUGAUGAACGAGAUUCUCAACGGUAUAAAGGUGCUGAAGCUCUACGCCUGGGAAGUCUCCUUCAAGGAGAAGAUCCUGCAGAUCCGGCAGAAGGAGCUGACUGUGCUGCGUAAGACGGCGUAUCUCAGCGCUCUCUCCACCAUGGCCUGGACCAGCGCGCCCUUCAUGGUGGCUCUGACCACGUUUGCGGUGUACGUGACUGUGGACGAGGAAAAUGUCUUGGAUGCAGAGAAGGCCUUUGUGUCUUUGUCUCUGUUCAACAUCUUGAGGUUCCCGCUGAACAUGCUUCCACAGGUCAUCAGCAGCAUCGUACAAGCCAGCGUGUCUCUGAAACGCAUCCAGGAUUUCCUGAGUCACGAUGAGCUCAAUCCCGAGAGCGUGGACAGAAGAAAUAACGCUUCAGAAUACGCCGUGAGUGUCGUAAACGGGACGUUCUCAUGGGCCAAACAAGACCAAGCCACUCUUGACAACAUUAAUGUGAUGGUGCCGCAGGGCUCUCUGCUGGCGGUCGUGGGUCACGUGGGUUGUGGGAAGACGUCGCUCGUGUCCGCGCUGCUGGGAGAGAUGGAGAAGCAGGAGGGUCAGAUCUCUAUACGGGGAUCCGUGGCUUACGUACCGCAGCAGGCCUGGAUCCAGAACGCCACGCUCAGAGACAACAUCUUGUUCGGCAGACCGUAUGUGGAGCAGAGGUACCGCUGCGUGCUGGAGGCCUGCGCUCUGACCCCUGACCUGGAAGUGCUUCCUGGAGGAGACCAGACUGAGAUCGGAGAGAAGGGCAUCAAUCUGUCCGGCGGUCAACGGCAGAGAGUGAGUUUGGCCAGAGCGCUGUACAGUGAAGCGGACGUCUAUCUGCUGGACGAUCCUCUGUCCGCCGUCGACGCUCACGUCGCCAAACACAUCUUUGACAAAGUCAUCGGGCCUGAAGGAGCCCUCAAGGGAAAGACGCGGAUACUGGUGACCCACGGGAUCAGCUUCCUGCCGCAGGUGGACAACAUCCUGGUGAUGGUGGACGGACGCGUGUCAGAAAUGGGCUCCUACCAGGAUCUGCUCAAGCAGAAUGGAGCUUUUGCAGAGUUCCUCAGAAACUACUCUCUGGAGGAUAUCAUCGAAGACGAUGAAGUCACUGUGUCAUUGGUUGAUGAGGAGGAGGAGGAGUUUCCUGAAGAUGCUCUCAGUAAUCACACAGAUAUGGUGGAUAACGAGCCUGUAGUCAACGAGGCGCGCAGACAGUUCAUGAGGCAGAUUAGCAUCAUGUCUAAUGAUCUGGAGAACCCAAAGAAAAUGUCCCGCCGGCGGCGCUGCAGCGAGAGGAAGCACCCAGAGUCUCCGACCGAGAAGAAGGAGCCGAAGCUGGAGAAACUCAUCCAGGCUGAGACGGCUGAGACCGGACGGGUGAAGUUUAAGGUGUACUGGGACUAUGCGAAGGCCGUGGGGCCGUUCCUGUCACUCUUCAUCUGUUUCCUGUACGGCUGUCAGAGCGCCGCCUCCAUCGGAGCAAACUUCUGGCUGAGCGAGUGGACGAAUGACGCGCAGCACAACCGGACGCAGGACCAAGUGUCCAUGAGGGUGGGGGUGUACGCCGCGCUGGGCAUUUCACAAGGUGCGCUGAUUCUGGCCAACUGUUUACUGUGUCGGGCGUACAGCAUGCUGAAGGCAGCCCACGAGACGCACCUCCACAUGCUCCACGCCAUUCUGAGGGCCCCGCAGGCCUUUUUCGAGGCCACACCCUCGGGGCGGGUCUUGAACCGCUUCAGCAAAGACGUGGACACAAUAGACUCUGUCAUUCCAGACAAUAUUGAUAUCUGGAUGCGUACUUUCUGGUACACAGUAAAUGUGCUGAUAGUAUGCUCUGCCCUCACCCCUAUGUUCCUCAUAGUCAUAGUGCCGUUAAUGCUGUUCUAUUGGUGGGUCCAGAGAUUUUAUGUAGCCACGUCUCGGCAGCUUAAGAGACUGGAGUCUGUCAGUAGGUCUCCUAUAUAUUCUCAUUUUUCGGAGACCAUCACAGGCACUAGCGUGAUCCGAGCCUACGGGCGAAACGCUGCCUUUGUUCUCAUGAGCGAUAUGAAAGUGGAUGAGAACCAAAAGAGUUACUACCCUGGUAUUGUUUCCAACAGGUGGUUGGGGGUUCGCAUCGAGCUUAUCGGCAAUUGCAUUGUGCUGUUUGCUGCUCUGCUUGCUGUGAUUGGGAAGGACAAACUCAGCCCCGGAUUGGUCGGUCUGUCCGUGUCAUAUGCUCUACAGGUCACAAUGUCCCUAAACUGGAUGGUGAGGAUGACCUCUGACCUCGAGAGCAACAUAGUAGCAGUGGAGAGAGUGAAGGAGUAUUCAGAGACGCAGACUGAGGCUCCAUGGAUAGUGACGGACAAGCAGCCUCCUCCAGACUGGCCUCCGAAGGGAAACGUGGAGUUCGCAGACUACAGCGUGAGGUAUCGCGAGGGACUGGACCUGGUGCUGAGGAACAUCUCGCUGAAGGUCGAAGGAGGAGAGAAGAUCGGUAUCGUCGGACGGACAGGUGCCGGAAAGUCCUCCAUGACUCUGUGUCUGUUCCGUCUGCUGGAGGCGGCGGAUGGAGAGAUCGUGAUCGACGAGGUGAAGAUCUCUGAGAUCGGCCUUCACGACCUCCGCUCCAAACUCACCAUCAUCCCUCAGGAGCCCGUCCUGUUCUCCGGGACUCUGCGGAUGAACCUCGAUCCCUUUGAGAAAUACAGUGAUGAAGAAGUGUGGAAAGCACUGGAACUCUCUCAUCUGAAGAGGUUUGUCAGCAACCAGACGUCCAAGCUCGACCUGGAGUGCUCCGAAGGAGGAGAAAACCUCAGUGUGGGUCAGAGGCAGCUGGUGUGUUUGGCGCGAGCUUUACUGAGGAAGACCAGGAUCCUGGUCCUGGAUGAAGCCACGGCUGCCGUCGAUCUGGAGACGGACGAUCUCAUCCAGUCCACCAUCCGCACACAGUUCGAGGACUGCACCGUUUUCACCAUCGCUCACAGACUCAACACCAUCAUGGACUACACCAGAGUGCUCGUUUUGGACAAGGGACAGAUCGCAGAGUUCGACACACCGACUAACCUGAUGGCUCAGAAAGGAAUCUUCUACGGGAUGGCUAAAGACGCGGGUCUGGCGUGAGCCGCUAUGCUGUAAACCGCAGUGCCUUCACACAGUAUCACACACACAAUGCCAGUGAAUGUAAUGUUGUUUGGUUUUUACUCAACAGUGAAAGCUACAUCUAGGAUCUUUUAUUGUUUUUACAUUAUUGUUGUUUUUUCUAUGACUACAGUGCCACUGUUACUGAAUGAGUCGUUUCAUGAUGAAGCAGUCUAUUUUUGUACUGUAUUAUUUAAGUCACUUUUUGAAGUUGUUCAAUAGGGAAGAUUUCUGCUCAGUUACAUGUGUGAUUCCUUUUGUAAACCAAAUCUGUAAAAACUUGAAUUCUGUUACCAGAAUUGGAGUAUUGUUGCAUUUAUUAAAAAAAAAAGUAAUACUGUUUCUAUGUGUAUUUUGGAAAUUCUGUGUCCAAAAGCCGUUUUGAUUUUUUCAUUACACUCAUAAACUUCCUUUUUGUAGUGACCUGACAUACAGCAGGAA